AUGGCCAGCUCCGAUCUUUCUCCAGAGACUUACGCUAUCGGCAUUAUUUGCGCACUUUUUGAGGAGAAGGCGGCAGUAGAAGCAAUGCUAGAUGAAGAGCAUGAGGCACUGGAUCAAAAAUCGGAGGAUCCCAACAGCUAUACUUUCGGCAAAAUUGGUAAGCACAAUGUCGUUAUUGCCUGCCUCCCAGGCGGUCACCAAGGCAAAGCUGCGGCUGCUACUGUUGCUAUACACAUGACACGCAGCCUUCCUAUCAAACUCGGUCUCAUGGUAGGCAUCGGUGGAGGGGUACCAAGCCAGAUACCCAACGUUCGGCUAGGAGAUGUGGCAGUGAGCCUUCCAGUAGGCACACACGGAGGUGUCAUACAAUACGAUUUAGGCAAGAUGGAGCCGGACGGCUUCCGCCGUAAAGGACAUCUGGACAAGCCUCCAAAGGCACUCCUAAGCGCUGUUACUUCACUUCGAGCAAAGCAUGAGAGGCAUGAGCCUGAUUUUCCGAGAUAUCUCUCCGCGAUAUCAGAAAAUCGAAGGAUGGCGAAGAAGUACGGCUUUCAGGGAUCUGAGAACGACCAGUUGUUCGACAACAACAACCAGCCCCUCACUCGCGAGCCACGCGAAGAUGAUCAACCCCUCGUCUUCUACGGUACUCUUGGUUCAGGCGAUCUGGUGGUGAAGGACAGCGAAGCACGAGAUUUGCGAGCAGCAGGUGACAAAAUCAUCUGCUUCGAGAUGGAGGCGGCGGGACUCAUGAACGAUUUUCCUUGCUUGGUUAUCCGCGGUAUUUCAGACUAUGCCGACUCACGCAAGAACGACCGAUGGCAACCUUACGCAGCUGCAACAGCGGCUGCAUAUGCAAAAGAGCUCUUGAGUGCAGUCAGUGUGCAAGAGAUAGAGAAACUUGGUCCUGCGAGAAAACAUUCGGUUCCAUUUAGCCUUAAAGGCAUCCCUGCAAUUGAUCACUUUGUGCAACGUGAUAAAGAGAUGCAGAAACUCGAGGAUUUCUUCUUCAACCAGAUGUCGCAACCUGUUCGUCGCAAAGUAUUCGUCGUCCACGGUCUUGGUGGCAUUGGCAAGACACAACUUUGUAUCGAGUUUGCUCGGAAGCACCAAGCGCAGUACACCGCAGUCCUAUGGAUGGAUGGAUCAUCCGAGGACGCUUUGCAACAAUCAUUUGUCAAUUCUUUUUUUAUGCUACCACCCGAGGAGAUGCCGGUAGCACUAGUCGAAGCAGUCAAACGUCAGGAAGCCAGUCCAGAAGUCAUAGUACAAGGAGUGCUUGACUGGUUGUCUCUUCCCUCGAACCAGAGAUGGCUUCACAUCAUCGACAAUGUGGACCACGAUUUCAUUGUCAAAUGUAACGAUCCACUAGCCUACGACUUGACGAAAUAUUCUGCACAAGUAGAUCAUGGCAGCUUACUCAUCACAAGCAGACUUUCGACAUUGGCGAUACCUCAAAAUGCUCAUCAAUUGACAGAAAUGAAUCUCGAAGAAGCACGUGCACUGUUCGAGGAUCACAGAGGGCAGCCAGUAUCGGGUCAACCAGCUCGCGAUGAGUCGAAAGACCUUGAGAGCCUUCUCCAAAAGCUCCAGGGUAUGCCUCUUGCUCUAGCUCAAGCUGGAACAUAUAUUCGCCAUACCAAUAUGAGCAUUUGCGAGUAUCUGGAUUACUACAACAGCACUUGGGACGAUUUGGUUGAAGCACAGAAUUCGUAUCCACUGCAAGAAUAUGCUCACAGAAGCAUGUUGACUACUUGGAGGAUCUCGUAUCAGCAAGUGGAGAGUCAGGACUGGGAAGCAGCCACACUAUUGAAGUUGUGGGCUUUCCUCGAUCCAAAAGAUAUGUGGUAUGAGUUGAUCGCUUGUGCAAUCCGGCUUGAGUCUCAAAUUGACAUACCAGAAUGGCUGUCAACACUGGCUAAGACACAUUUGAAGUUCCGAGGUGCGCUUGGCCUUCUGGAGAAAUAUUCUCUUGUAAACAACGGAACAGAUAACGACAACUAUUCUAUGCAUGCUGUCUUGCAUUCAUGGUGUCGUCAUCUAGCAUCCACGAGUAGUAAAAGCCAGGUCUUCUCUGAGCUCGCAGUCAGCGUUGUCGCGCAGAUGUUGCUACGCGAGGACGACAAGGACCGUGCAGCCUUAUCAAGACGUCUACUCCCGCACGGUCAACAACUGCUGUGCCGAUUACGACUUGGUGUGGUAUGGAGGCCAUCACAUAUUCCAUCUGGAGCAUAUACCAAAUUGGCCCAGAUCUUUGAAUACAACCAUGCAUUUGAUGAGGCUGCGGAAUUUCACGAGCGCGACUUGGAAAAUAGCGAGAAGGUUUACGGUGAAGAUGAUACGAGGACCCUGCGAGCUGCGUACACCCUUGCUGAUAUGUAUACGGAGAUCGGAAAAUACGCAGAGUCACAACAGCUAGCUGAGCGCGCUUUGGCUGUCUACGAGGGAUUGCUCGUCUCGGAUUCCGACGAUUCUGCAAUCAUCUCGGAGCAAAUGAUAGGCACCCUCAUAUGUCUAGGCAGAAAUUUCAAGCUCCAAAACCGGCUGGAAGAUUCAGAAGACAUGUUUAAGAGAGCGGUAGCAGUAUCUGAACAGCAUCAGCAAGAAGAUGCAACUUAUGGACAUGCACUUCCAGCCAUGAUUAGCCUGGGCCACAUGUAUAUUCGUGAGGCCAGGCACACAGAGGCGGAAGUCAUCUUUGAGCGAGCGCUAUCAGUGAGUUUGAAGGUCUUUGGUCCAGAUAAUCGAUUCACUUGUAGAGUCUUGUCAGGGCUUUCCGAGGUUUACGACAAACUUGGCAAGGUUGUGGAAGCGAAAAUGAUGGUCGAGCGAGCAGCAACAGGGUUCGAAAAGAUAAAACCUGAAACCUGCAAAUACGCUUUCGAAGUUGCUAGAGAGAGGAUCGAGUUGUUCGAGAGGCAAGGCAAGCUCGCAGAAGCUUCGGAGCUCGCUGAGCGGGUCCUAAUAGAAAAUGAGCACAGAUUAGGUCUGCAUCAUCGAUAUACAAUACAAGCCGCCUCCAGGCUAGCCGGCCUUUACAGCCAGACAGGCAGACGGCAAGAAGCAAGAACCUUGUGCGAACAACUGAUUUCGAGACUCGAGCAUACGUUUGGUCUCCACGACCAGUUCUCGUUACGCGUCAUGGAUUCCCUCGCGUGCGUCUAUGCCAACAACCUUGAAAUGCUAUCUGAGGCAGCAGAUCUAUUUGAAAGAGUACUCAAGAAACGUGAGGAAUUGCUGGGAGCAGAUCACAACAAGACACUACAGUCGGUUUACAAUCUAUUUUGUGUCUACGGGAUGCAGGGUGAUAAAAUUCGAGAAGCGGAGAUGCGUGAGCGGGUUUUGAAGUAA